AUGGCAUCUCCCGACCACCUGUUUGCCCUUCGGAACAACUUCUAUCUGGGCGCGUACCAGGCCGCGAUCUCCAACGCUGAGCGGCUCCGCAGCCUCUCGCCCGGAGAGGCCGGCGAGAGGGAUUCCCUCGUUUACCGCGCUUAAAUCGCUCAGGGGUCCUACGAGGCACCGACGAUGCGACUUGGCUGUCAUUGUUUUCCUAAAACUUCCGAUCUCGCUCUCUGACCUGAGCACUAAAUUACUUCCAGUUCAUGCUCUUCCAUGAGCAUCUUACCCUAAAAAUAUGGACAUUCAUCAUCUGUUCUAAACAGGAAUCUGUGAUUUCAAGUGUUAAAGAAUGGCUGAAUGAUCCAGCCAUUGGAAAUAAUUCUGUGCUACGGUUGGUUGCGGGGACCAUAUAUAUGCAUGAACAGGACUACAAUGAGGAGCUGAAGCAUACCAAUGCUGGAGGAACCAUGGAGCUGUUAGUCCGAAAGACUAUUUAUUUAUUUUAAUUUUAAUACGACAGUAAUAAAAUAAAAGAUAUGAUACUUCAAGCUCAUAUGUUUCUAGAAAAGGAUACUGUUUCCUCUUUUAACUUCUCUAUAAUCAAUCAUUUCUUUUAUUCACAGACAUGCACUCAACGUGCAAAUAUACCUGAAGAUGCACAAUGCUGACUAUGCAGGGAAGCAACUUAGGAUCAUGCAACAGAUCGACGAAGAUCACACACUGACUCAACUGGCGACUGCUUGGCAUGACCUUGCUGUGGUGGGCCCUCUUUUACUUUUUUGGAAAUAUAUAUGUGAACUAUAACUUUAUAAAUAUAUAUCUUUCUGUAGCUGAUUCUUCUCUCUCUCUCUCUCUCUCUGAUCGUAGGGCGGCUCGAAAAAUUUCUGAUGACUAGGCUGGUCUUGAAUGGAAAGGCCGUCUGCUGCAUGCACAUGGGCAACUUUGAUGAGGCUGAAACCUUGCUACUGGACGCCUUAACCAAGGUAAUCCAUCGUUUAUUUUCACUAACUUUGGAGAUUCGUGGCGAUCCAUCUGACUAUAUAUCCGACCGAUAGAACACAGCUUUAAGCUGAUUACAGCGCAUUGUGUGCAGGAUCCAUGGGAUCUGGAGACUCUGGCCAAUUUAACUGUCUGCAGUAUAUAUCUUGGGAAAUCAUCUACCCGCUUCCUGAGGUAAUUCCGAUCCAUCUAAUCCCAAUCCAAAGUGGGAUCUAAACACUGAAUCAUAUGCAUAUAUCUGAAUUAAACAAAAAAAAAACUAUGUGGCCUAUUUUUCUUGGUUUUCUGAGUAUGGUUUCGGCUCCUGUAACUCCAGGCAGCUGAAGCUGCACCAUCCUGAAUACAUGCUCGUGAAGCGCCUCUCAGCCGCGGAGGAGGCCUUUGAGCGGUCCCUCCAGUGGGCCGUGCCAUGGAUUUCCAGUGCAAAAAAUGAACAAUAUAUAUAUUUUUUUCUAGACCUCUGUUUUUUCGGACUGCUUCUGGAUUUUGGUCUUCGGAGAUGA